AUGACAGUGCUGACGACAACGACGGUAACAUUCCGGUCGCCGGCGAGUGCUAGAUCUUCUUCUACUGCCAUAAUAUCUGCUAAUAUAAAUUCUAUACCCAUGCUUAAUGAGACUAAUUUUAAGGAAUGGAAAAGGCACUUACUUAUAGUGCUUGGUUGUAGGGACAUAGACCUUGCACUAAGGGAAGAACAACCUGCACCUCUCACUACGGAAAACAACCCUGAUGUUGAAAGGGAUUUUGAGAGGUGGGAUCAUUCAUAUUGCAUGAGUCUAAUGAUAAUGAAACACAAUAUUCUAGAAGCCUUUAGGGGUACAGAAUUUGAAGAGAUUACUCAGGCCAAGGGUUUCCUUAACGAAAUUGAGAAAUGUUUUGCUAAAAACGAUAAGGUUGGGAUGACAUCACUUCUAACUUUUUUGAUGUUUAUGAAGUAUAAGGGUCAAGAAAACGUGAGGGAGUACAUUAUGGAGAUAUUCCAUGUUGCUUUAAGACGUAAGGUACUUAAGAUCGAGCUUUCUGAGGAAUUGCUUGUUCUUAUGGUUUUUGUAUCGCUUCCUGCAUAG